AUGGGUGGUUCCAUCUUAACAUGUACGGUUCUUUUGUCCUUCUUAUUGAUAGUGGUAUCGGCUAUUAAUUACGAAAAUGCUCCAAAACCAAAUCAAGUACAUGACCACGACGACGACGAUGAUAAUCAAGAUCUUCUUCCACUGGAAUCAGAAGAUCAAUCAGAACCCUACGACAAUGACCAUGAUCAUGAUCAAGAUAAUAAUCAUCUCAUGAAUAACUACAUCAAUACCAUUGGUGUUCAGGGCCUCAUUUUAUGCAACUCAGACCAAAAAUACACCCCACUAGUUGGAGCUUUGGCUAGGAUUACAUGCAUAGCAGAAGAUGAGAAUGGGUACGAGAGAACUCCAUUCUCCAUGGUGAGCCAUAAAAGUAAUGAAAAUGGUUUCUUCAUGGCAACAUUUUUAGUGUCGGAUGUACUUGGUUCAGAUGUUAAUGAUAUGUUGAAACUCAAAGAGUGCAAAGUUUUCCUUGAAGGUUGUCCAAUGGAGGCUGCUUGUAAAAUUGCUAGUGAUGUUAAUAAUGGAGUCAGUGGAGCCCCACUCUCUUCAUAUCGCUUCCUUCCUCAGAAGGUUAUGGCUCUGUACACAGUUGGACCUUUCAUCUAUACCUCUAACCACCCUGAUGACCAUUACUAA